AUGGCGGUGGCUGCUGUUCUGCGCAAACGAGUGGCCAGUCGGAUUUCCAGGUUUGGUGCCCAAGAGUUGAAUUGUUGGAACUUGUGUUUGCAGCAGGCUGUGCGGGGCAAUGAUCCUUUGGCCGGUGUCCCCGAAUCUGCCUGGCCGCUACUGCAACGGGCAGAGGAGGCCCACCCGUCGUUCGGGUGGCAGCAAAUCGUGCAGGGCCUGCAGGGUUGGCGCAAGGCCUUGGAGAACGGCCAAGUCUGGGAGGAGGCCACCUGGCCUGACGAAAGUCUUUGUCAGCUUUGGACGCAAACCUUACAUGAGCUCCAACUUCCACGCUUUACCAAGAGGUAUCCUGAACUGAUUGAUGCCCUGCUGUUCCGCCUCCUGGAGAUGGUUGUACAGAUGAGUGAAGCAAUGGGCACUGCAGCAGACGCGGCCCAAGCACAGGGUGGCCAAGAUGACAAGUCCAGGCCAGACUCCCAGGGCGAUGGCGACCAGCCUGACAAUCGGCCGGAGGAUGCAGGUCAGAGUGCGCCACAGGCAGAUGGGCAGCAGCCGGUGGAGGAGUCUUCAUCUUCCCCACCCAAUAUGCAGCCCUCGGGAGAGAGUCUGGCGCAGGAGCUUAUGGAUGAGUUUCGAGAAGACUGGGAGCCAGCAGUGGAUGCUUUGAAUGAUGCAGAGGAAGCCUUUGGCCUCGGAGGCGCCCAAGCCCUCGCGGAGCACUUCACGUCAGGCCAGGCGCCUUGGCACAACAGCGAGGGCUGGCGCGCCUGCCGGGAGCUGCGGCAAGUCUUGGCCAAGCUUCCGGAGCUAAGGAAGUUGGUGCGCCGCAUCGGCCGCCGCGCGGCGGUCAAGGGUCCCAGGCGUUGGCUGCCUGCAGAGGAUGAGGUGCUGGUGGCCCCUAUGGGGGUAGCGCGCUCUAGCUCGGCACCGACGCAGACCUCAGGGCUCACGCGCAGUGGGUCGGUGGAGCUGAUGUUGCCCAUGGAGGCUCACCUGUUGGUGCACGGACGGCGCCACCGGUCAGUGAGGGCACUUCACCAUUCCCGGCGUCUUGAGCAAUCGCUCCUCAGCUACCUCCGGGCCUCCUGGUUGGAGGUGCCAACGCACGAACGUCUCUCCGAGGAGAUGCGACCUGCGGGAGAAAACGGGCCUUUGAUCUUGUGCCUGGACACCAGCGGAAGCAUGGCUCGUGGAGGAGGAGAGCCGGAAGCUGUGGCCAAAGCCUUGGCGUUCGAGUGCCUUCGACAAGCUCAGCAGCAGAGCAGGCGCUGUUACCUGUUCGCUUUCUGUGCAGGUGCUCAAUUGAAAGAGAUGGAGCUGGACCUCUCCUCGAACUUGAAAGGCUUGCUGGAUUUCCUCAGCUUUGCUUUCCACGGCGGCACUUCCCUGAAUGAGGUGCUCUCUGCCAGCGUCGAGAGGCUCCACUUGGCCCAGUGGCAGAAUGCCGACCUCCUGGUCGUCACAGACGGGGAGGUCCCAAAGCCCAGUGAGAAAGUCUUAGUGGAGUUGGACGAAGCCAAGUCUUCUGGCGCCCGGGUCUACGGCGUGGUGGUGGGCAGCAAGACAGGAACAGUCAUGAUGGAUUUGUGUUCGGAGCUCUAUCACUUUUGCAGACGACCAGGCACGGAGACGAAGGACGUGGCCUUGGACUCCCAUGGCUGGGCCCUGCGCCGCGUGCCGGCGCAGGCCAUGCCGGUACCGCGGAGGUCGCAGCUUUCCUCAGCCAGCACCUUUGCAGGCUCGACCUGGUCGGCCCGGACCUCCCGUGGAGACGGUCUUCCCAUGAAGGCCUCACGCCUGGAGACGCGGCAGGAGCGAGAGGAUCGGGAAACCCGCUGGGCUGAGCGAGAGAAGGCCAGACUCAGUGAGCACGAGAAGGAAGUGGAGUCCAAAAUGGGCAAGCGCUGGCAAUGGGUGGGAGGCCGUUGGCUUACGAAAGAGGAGGCUGAAGCACAAGCUGCCAAGAUUGAGCUCGUGUAUCAGGAGUCACGACUGGGCGAGGCAAAGCUGCAGCUGGAGCUGAAGAAGCAUUUUCAGAGCAGGUUCCUCUCCCCGCACAAGUCUCGCGAAGCGGAAGAAGACCUCGUCGCCGCGCAGUGGGGCGAGGAGACCUUGACCCACUUCCAGGACCAGCUAUUGUCUCUGCUGGUGCGUGCCAGUCGCGAAGCCUCGCGCUUGGGUUGUUCCAAGUUCGAACCGCAGGCCGCACUGCUGGGGCUUUUCCGCUGCCCCGUUGGCAAGGAGAUUUGCCGUCGGGGACUUGAAGGCAGUGAAGAAGAUGUGACGGAAAGGUCCCGGCAGCUCUUGGAACGCUGCCUGCGGCGCAGCGCGGAAGGAAACUUUGACUUCGAAGAUUUGCCCUUCAGCCCCGAGCUGCGGCACUUGUUGGAAUCCGUGGAGGCAGAGCGUGCACGUUUGCAGCACAAGGAAGCUCAGGUGGGGCAUUUGGCUUUGGCUUUGACGGCUCCACAGUUCCGCUUCAUUUGGGAGCCACUUCUGGAGGAGCUAGGCAUCCGGCCGCAGCAGGUCCGGCCCGCUGCUUUGGCCUCCCUUGGUGGCUUCUUUGCGCAGGCGGAGGCGCAGGCUGAGGCCUGGCUGGUUGGACUGUGUAGUGACUUCUACGAGCCCGCCCGCUGUGGUGCGCCCCUGAAGGGUCUUCAAUCCUCUUUUGCCAAGCUGGCGGAUGGCCUGGUGGAACGCUCUGUGGAGGCAAAGCUGCUGCUGUUGGCGGCCUUGGCAGGCGAGCACUUGUUUCUGCUUGGCUCCCCUGGCACUGCCAAGAGCUUGUUGGCAAGGAGACUGUCCAAGGUUUGUGAGGGAUCAUACUUUGAGCGAUUGUUGACAAGGUUUACAGUGCCUGAAGAGCUCUUUGGCCCUUUGUCCCUGCAUGCCCUCGAGGAGGAUGAGCUCCGCCGCAAGACCAAGGGUUACCUCCCCGAGUGCGAUGUGGCCUUCAUCGAUGAGAUCUUCAAGGCGAACUCGUCGAUCCUGAACUCGUUGCUGGUGAUCCUCAACGAGCGGCGCUUCGACAAUGGCGAGCAGAGCCUGAAGGUGCCGCUGUGGUGCGCCGUGGCAGCGUCCAAUGAGCUACCAGACAGUGACGAACUUGAUGCGCUUUACGACCGGUUUCUCCUGCGACGGCAUGUCUCACGGAUCUCCCGGAGGUCAGUUCCGGACUUUCUGCGAUUGACGCUGAGCAGGGAGGAGGCCGGUGCAGCUUCCGCUCCCGCGACGCUCUCGAUCGAGGACUCCUGGGAGCUCCAGCGGCGCGCGGGGACGGUGGACUUCCCGGACGAGCUUCUGGUGGUGAUCGCGGAUCUGCGGGAGUUCCUGGCGGAGGCGGAGCCGCGCUUCGAAGUCUCUGACCGUCGCCUGGCGCGCAGCGUGCGGUUGCUGCGCAUCGCUGCAGCCGCUGCAGGUGGACGUACCGUGGUGGAAGCUGACCUGCUCCUCUUGAGGCAUAUGUUUUGGGAUCGUGAUCCGGAGCAAGGUCAGUUGGUGACUGAAUGGCUCCUACGUCGUUUGGGCGAAAGUGGAGAUGGGAAGAAGGCGUGGUCCUUCCUCCUCGAAGGCCUUCAAACACGGCUGCGCCAUGGCGCUCGGGGCCCGGGCCUGGAGGCUGCGCGGCGCGAUUUGCGGAACCUGCAGCAGGCAGCCUCGCGCGCGAUGCUGCGCCUGGCGCACAUCUCCCGAAAUGCUCCGAACGGGCCUGCGGAAGAGGGCCGUGUGGACCGCUUCUUCUGGCUGAGUGGCAAUGAGCGGCGCCAGGCAGCGGAGCUCGGGGAGAAGUGUGCUGAGGAAGCGGAGAGGCUUCAAGACUUGUUGAAGGAAGUGUCUGUGCUGAUCCAAACGGUUGCUGUCGACGAUGACCUGCAGCGUGAAGAGCUUUUAGCUCAACGAUUGGGAGUGAAACGUGUGAGCAAAGAAAGCAAGGUCCGUUAUGAUGAGUGGGGCGACGAGAUCUGA